UGACCACUGCUGCUCAAAGAGUUUAAACUCCGAAGCUUUGCUAUGCUCUGGUGCUUCCCUCUGCUCCGGCAGGAUUUCGGCAUCGCGGUGCAGGGAGCACCGAGCACGGAUGAGCCGGCACUCUUCUCUUAGGAAACGCCACCAACUCCUCACAGCACGGAGGCCCAGCAUGAAUGGGAACUGUGCUGGGGGCACAGAAUGGUUGAGAAAUCUGGAGUCCAGCUGUCCUGUGGAAAACAGAACUGUAGCAGCCCAUGAGCCAGAAGAAAGUUCUGUGGUGUUAGGAGGUCACAGCCCUGCAGCUCCCAGGACUGAGGGUUUGGAUUCUGAAUGCCGACACAACACUUGCCCAGUAAGUCCCCAGAUCAGUAGCAUGCUGUCUGCUCCUGAAGAACCUCACAACUGCCAUAUCCCAGAUGGAAGUAAGAGACAGCUGGAAUAUUUUAAUACCCAGGAACGCCAUGGAUGCUGUGCAUUGUCUUCAAGCAGCAGUUCCCAGACAGUAGCUCCAGAGAAAGUGACCCUGGUGGUGGAUGGCACCCGCUUUGCAGUGAAUCCCCAGAUCUUUACUGCUCACCCUGAUACCAUGCUGGGAAGAAUGUUUGGGCCAGGCAGAGAAUACAAUUUCACCCGUCCAAAUGAGAAGGGCGAGUACGAGAUCGCAGAAGGGAUCAGCUCAGCCGUGUUCCGCACCGUGCUGGAUUAUUACAAAACUGGAAUCAUUAACUGCCCUGAUGGGAUUUCCAUCCCAGACCUUCGAGACACGUGUGAUUACCUCUGCAUAAACUUUGAUUUCAACACAAUCAAAUGUCAAGAUUUAAGUGCUCUGUUACAUGAGCUCUCCAAUGAUGGGGCUCACAAGCAGUUCGACAGCUACCUGGAGGAGCUGAUCCUGCCCAUCAUGGUGGACAGCGCGAGGAAGGGGGAGCGCGAGUGUCACAUCGUCGUGCUGACCGAUGAGGACACCGUGGACUGGGAUGAGGAUCAUCCACCUCCCAUGGGAGAGGAGUAUUCACAAAUCCUUUACAGUUCCAAGCUGUACAGAUUCUUCAAGUACAUUGAGAACCGGGAUGUGGCAAAAGCUGUGUUAAAGGAACGGGGCCUGAAGAACAUUCGCAUUGGCAUCGAAGGGUAUCCCACCUGCAAGGAGAAGGUGAAGAGGAGGCCCGGUGGCCGCUCUGAGGUGAUCUACAACUAUGUGCAGCGGCCGUUCAUCCAGAUGUCCUGGGAGAAGGAGGAGGGCAAGAGCCGCCACGUUGAUUUCCAGUGUGUUCGGAGCAAAUCCCUAACAAACCUGGUAUCGGUGGGGGAUGAUGUUUCAGAGGACCACGAAGUUAUAAUGCAUCACCCCCCACAAGUGGAUGAACUGGACAGGCUGAAUGCCCCCUUCUCCCAAAUGGUUGUUAACGAUCUACCGGAUUAGUGUGGCUCAGGGUGGAGAAUCCUGCUGGAUGUGGGAACCUCUUGCCGCAGUUUCAUCCCAGGUGAUGGGACACAGACUCCUGCAAGGUGCUUUAUCCUCGUUCAUGCUCUUACUACGUUGUCAUAUUUCAAGCAUGUUAAUAAAGAGCCACACUCCGUAGUCUUAAUUGUGCAAUCAAAAGCAACAUCUCCUCAGACAAAAAGAAACGACCUGUUGUUUCUACUACAAAGGCUUCCGGAUUGUGGGUGCUGAAUAUUUUAUCUAAAUUUCUGAAAGAAGAGCACAAGUGCGUAGAAACGUUUUGUUUGACAUGAGAGAGGAAAUUCUGGGCCUGUCAAGACAAAGCUUUCUUUUACCAUUAGGCACAGCUUUGUGAGUCACAGAGGAGUGAACAUCAAAGCAGGACAGAUGAUACCCUCUAUCAACCAGCAGAAAUGUAGCACAGUGUGACAGCGAAACCCUGAGCACGGAGGAAUCUGUUUGCACUGCCACCUGGCUUUGGAUCCAGCGUGGUGUACUGCUGCCCUAGUGAAGGAGGAACCAGUUCCAUAGGAGGCAUAUGCCUGUUCACAGGAGUUCCCCAUCUGUACUUCUCCGUGAGAUGAAAUCAUUGUUUUUAGGGAUGUUUUCUGUUAAUUUCAGUAAAAUGAGUAGAUCAUGCUGAAGGAAAACCCAAGAGACUGUAGCUGAUAUUUUACCAAUAAAAUAAAUCUGUUAAUACUCAAAUAGAUGUAAGAAGCUUUCUAGAGGUGACUGUGCAUGCUGAAGUUGAGUUGAGUUGUCUUCUCCAUCCCCUUGCUAAGACAAAGCCAGUGGAGGAGCUCUCAGUUUAGUACCUGAGUAAAAUCCUUGGUCUCAUCAAACUUAGUCAGUCAGAAUUGCUGUAGACUCUCCUAGGAGCUGCUGCUGAAGCUUUAAAAAGCCAGCUACUUUCCUCCCAAUUUGGACUGACUGGACCAUUUUGCUGUCAGGCAGG